GCGAAAUGAAUUUCUCUCUCCUCGGGCUCCAAAACGCAUGAGUCGUAUCUGUUGUGCAUCUCCUUUCUUCUCUUAGAACCCUAACUUCUCUCCUCCGACCAAAUCUAGUCGGCGGUGCCUCUGCCAACCAUCUCUUCUUCUCUGUUGCCGCUAUUCUCGUCAGAUCAAAUGGAAGCAAGAUAUUUCAAAAUUCUAAGGCUAUUAGGAACUGGUUACAAAGCCAGAGCUGAAGCAGAAGGUCGUUUGUUGUGCCUAAAACUAGGUUACAGCCAUGAAGUUGAGUUACCAGUUCCACCUACUGUUCGUGUCUUCUGCUUUAAACCCGACGUAAUUUGCUGUGCUGGGAUUGACAAGGCAAGAACACAUCAGUUUGCUGCCGCUGUUCGAAGCAUUAAACCCCCUGAUUCAUACAAAGAGAAAGGUAUGCGUUACAAGGAUGAAGUCAUUAAGUUGAAGCCUGGAAAGAAGGAUAGAUUGAAGUAAAGAGGUUUGGUUUUUGGUCUAGAAGAAAAUGUAUCUGCACGUUGCUGUCUAAGUUGGGUUUGUAGUUGGAAUCCUAUUGUUAAAGUAUAAAACUGUUUAGGAUUCACAAGCAUUUCCAGGACAGCAUAUUGUUUAUGUUGAAUCUCUUUGAGACGGGCUCGAAUAAUGUUUACCUUUGAAUCA